AUGGCCAGUGGAGACGACUCCUCUGAAACAGAAGACGACUAUGUAUCCUUGGAAGGAGAUCCUCUUCUACCCCACAAUCACCAGCAAAUCGACUUCCGCUCUGGCCGAGAGACACUGCAAAGAAGUAACUGUGAUACUUUGGUGCUGGCUAUUUUCAAGAUUUGUUUUUGUUUUCUUGGUCUAUGGGGACACCGACUGUGGAAUUACAUCCCUCGGGUUUUAGUCGGGGCAAUCGUCCUUUAUCAAGCUGUUUACGAUUUUUAUGUUGUGCUUGGUUGUCCCGGCUUUGAUUGCGGCUUUCUACAAAAUUCAACGGAUAAGAACAAGACUUCACAUCAUAAAGAUGACAGGAAAAUUGCAAACGCUGUUUACACGAUCGUCACAGUCGCGGCUGUUAUUUCUUACUUUCUUUUCAUUGGUUGUUUCAUCGCAACAAGAAGGAACACUUACGUUGCAUUAAUAACUCCUUCUGAAUCUCUAGAUGCAAAUAACAAUGAUCUGGACAAAAAGAACGUCUGCUGCUUGUGUUUUGCGUUUACUGUUAUAACAACGCUGUUUUUAUGCUCAGUGGCAGUGUUUUAUGCCAUAAUUUGGAGUCAAUCUCGAAAUUCCUUUUUCGACAUACUCGCAACUGGAGUGGGUGCGCAGUUUUUCGCACAGUGGACGGCAAUUACAACCUGUCAUGUGUUUGCUGUCAGCUCGUUUGCACUUGGUAAGAUAUACUUUGAAAAGGCCACUUCCCCUCCUCUCCCCUCCCCUGACCCUCUCCUCUUCCCCCUCCCCGCCGGGAAGUUCGUUAUCAACCAAGAGAGGAUCAAAAGACAACUCGAAAAAACUGUUGAACAGCUAAAUCAAAAAAGGUUGCUUUUGUAAUUGGUCAAAGGUAAUAUUGGGCAUUGGGCAUUUGGGCAUAUUUUCUUGAGUGGCCAUUAAGCAAUAGCUUCCUAAUGCGCAAUUCCCGAUGCCCAAAGCAGCCUUUAUUGAAUCAGCUAUAUACCCCAAAUUAGGAUCAUCUCAUGUAGUCCUAUCUAGCCCUCCAGUUUGUUCACUGUUUGUCCUGAGUUUCUAAGCUGAUUUAUAGGGCCAAAAUUAAUAAAUGGAGUCAAGGUUUACAUGGACAUCUAUCAGUCCCAGCUAGAUCAAAGCAGACUUACGUUGGACCUAUCUGGUUACUGAUACAGGACUGUUUCGCCCAGGUUUGUGGCUAAAAAAUCAAUCAGUUUACUCGUCACUUUUGGGUUCCCAUUGAUACAAAGCUUCAGCGGAACGGAACUGGUUUUAACUUUGCAUUUCGAGCAAGAAUGAAGAUAUCUAAAGACAUUCACAUAUUCUUUUUCUUAUUUUCGGCGAUACAAGCGAAUUGAAGCUUUGCAGUUGCUACACCUCUUUAGGCACAAGGGUGAGAGCACUCGCCUCCCACCAAUCUGGCCCUGGUUUGAAUUCAGGCGUUUACGCCAUAUGUGGGUUGAGUUUGGUGUUGGUCCUCUCUAUUGCUCCGACACUGGUUUUUUUCUCGGGUAUUCCGCUUUUUCCCUCUCCUUAAAAACCAACAGUUCCAAAUGCCAAUUCGAUCUGGAACGCACGGAAACAUUUUAAAGUGCUCCGUGGGUAAACAAAUUACAAUUUACGAUUUUUUUUACAAAUUUUUUCGCUCCGUUUCAGUUACGCCCAGCCGUUUAAUUCAGUAUUGUUCCACUUGUAUUUUGCUAAUGCAUUCAUGAUCCCGCUCUGGCUCAUAAUACCAUAAUCAGGCUUGGUUCUAUUUUAUACACCAGGUACUUUUGCAGAAGAUGCCCUUAGACAUAUCAAGAACCUAGAGCAAAAUACGACUCUUGAUGACGUCAUUAAAAUUCACGAAAACCUGUGUACAGUAGUCUUCAACACUGUAUCAGCCUACAGCGUGUGGUUCGUGGUUCACUGGCUCAGUUACGGUGCAGGAGUUGUAUUAUCAGUUAUAUACAUUUCCAAAGAAUUCCUCGAGAAGAAUAAGUAUGGCACACCAACCUUGAACCUGGUGUACCUCGGCUCGGGGAAACCAGUG